AUGUCAAGUGGAAUGUACGAGACCACCGUCGGCUCCUUGUCGUUGCGUAAAUUGAAUUAUUCAUAUUCGAACGAUUCAUCACCUUUUACCGAUACGCUGAUCUUCCAUGGGAAUCAAGUCGGCUCGAAGAAAACAUCGAUGGAGGAGACUGAGAGAAGUAGAAGAUCGAAUGACAGUCGAAACGGAAAUAGAGGUGGGAGAAGGGAAGAAUUGGAGAGUGAAGAUGAGUUUACGAGUGUUGAUGAGGAGAUGGAUGAGUUGUCAGACUCCCGUUCAUCCCACACUUCUUCUCGACCCGUAACUCCCUCUCAACGACAUCCCAUAUCUAUCCCCACAUCUUCACGCAUGAACCGAAAAGCCCGUUCAACCUCGCCACCAGGACAUUAUCAUUCUCCAGAUGGUAUUUUCACCCUCGCCCACAAAGCCGAGAGGAUACUGGGUCUGGUACCUGGUACUCUCGGUCACGCUAAAGCAUGUUUGGAAAAUGCUAAAGAUGAGAUCAAGCGACUGGCCGAAUUGGAUAAAUCAUCACCUGUUCAAGCUUAUUUACCUUACCACCUGACCAAGGAUUAUGGUAGUAACGGGAAAGUACCGAAUGUUGUGUUGGGUCUAGGGGUGAAUAAUAAAGAAGAAGAGGAGAGGAGGGAGAAGAGGAGAAAAGCUGCUGAUGGGGUUAUCUAUUGGCAGAGGGAGAUUGAAAGGUUGGAAAGGGAAGAGACGGAGAGGGUAAUGAGGUAG